AUGCGAACCCCUACGAGUGCCGAACAGGCACAUCGAACAGCCCGAAUCCUCUCCUCCAUCGCAGCCUCCCUCAUCGCCCUAAGCUGUGGUACCAACUACGGCUUCUCGGCAUGGGCACCCCAAUUCGCCAAUCGCCUCCAACUCACCGCAACCGAAACAAACCUCAUCGGAAAUGCAGGCAAUCUCGGGAUGUACGCAAUGGGAAUUCCUGGAGGAAUCCUUAUCGACUCCAAAGGUCCGCGCUGGGGUGUUGUCAUGGGCUGUAUAUGCUUAACAGCGGGCUAUUUCCCUUUGAAGAGUGCGUACGAUAAUGGACCCGGCCAUACGAGUGUGCCUUUAUUGUGUUUGUUUGGGUUGUUGAGUGGCAUGGGGAGCUGCACGGCUUUCAGUGCAGCUAUCAAGGCGAGUGCUAGCAAUUGGCCUCAGCACCGAGGCACGGCUACAGCUUUCCCUUUAAGUGCAUUUGGGUUGAGCGCUUUCUUCUAUACAACGACAUCUGCGCUGGUCUUUCCGGGGGAUACGAGCGGAUAUCUAUCGCUUCUGGCUUUUGGCACUACAGCCAUGACCUUUGUGGGAAUGCUGUUCUUGAGGAUAGUGCCUGUCACAAAAGACGAGGGACAAGGAGCGUAUGGAGUGGUAUCAGAUGACGAUCAGGCAAGUUCAAAGAGACACGACUCUUUGCCGGAAUCUCAACGACUACGCCGAGGUAGCUUUCAGAACCAUCAAAGCACCCACAGCAGACCAACGAGCAAAGGCAGCGACCGUCAUGAGGAAGCUUCAGAAGUGUCGUCUUUGGUUGAAUCGGAAUCUAGUGGACCGGGAGACAUCGACGAACCGAAAAACCCGUUUCAUGACCAUAAUAGACCCGAGAUCACUGGCUGGGCGCUCGUUCGAACACCUAAAUUUUGGCAACUGUUCAUCAUGCUCGCACUCCUCUGCGGUGUCGGGCUUAUGACUAUCAACAACAUUGGCAACAACGCUCGCUCUCUAUGGCAUCACUACGACGAUUCCGCAUCCAAAGAUUUCAUCCUCAAACGCCAACUAACGCACGUCAGUAUUCUCUCCUUCUGCUCCUUCCUGGGCCGCCUUGCUUCUGGGAUCGGAUCCGACUGGCUCAUUCACAAUCACGCCUCCCGAUUCUGGACCCUUGUGGUAAGCGCCUGCGUCUUCUCCCUUGCCCAAGUGAUCGCUCUCACAUUAGAAAACCCACAACAUCUCUUCUGGCUCUCCGGUCUUACGGGCAUAGCCUACGGAAUCCUUUUUGGCGUCUAUCCCGCCAUAG